ACCUAUCAGCAACAAUUUCUUUUUCGUUCGAUGUGCGUACAUUUGAUGACUUAAGGCAGUCGGUAAUUUAGAAAAACUGCAAAUUUGUGUUUUCAAUAUGGCUAAAAAGAAAAGUGAGGAGUACGGAGCCGACGGAAAUGAUGGCGAUUAUGAAGAGGAGCCAAAUUUCGACGAUCCAGAGGGAUAUGUGGACGACAUCCCUGAUGAAGAACUUUUGGCCAACAUGUUGGCCCAGCGGCCCUUGGAGACAGAUGGCGUUGAAAGUGUUGUUGUUGUCGACAACAUUCCAAAAGUAGAGCCAUCUCGUUUGGAAAAAUUGAAAUCCGUUAUUCAAAAAUUAUUCUCACAGUGCGGUGAGAUAGUGAAUGUUGUAUUUCCUGUUGACGAUGAAGGUAAAACGAAAGGAUAUGCGUUUAUGGAAUACAAAAACGCAAGCAUGGCUGAGGAGGCCGUAAAAGGUUUGAAUAACCAUCGCCUUGAUAAAAACCAUACUUUCGCCGUUAAUUUGUUUACCGAUUUUCAGAAGUAUGAGAACAUCCCCGAAAAGUGGGAGCCUCCUACUCCGCAACCCUUUAAAGUUCAGAAUGAUUUGUACAAUUUCGUCACGGAUCCGGACGCUUACGAUCAAUUCAGUGUCGCCGCUGAAACAGCUCCAAACUCCGUGCAAGUUUCAUUCUGGCAAAACACUCUUCCUGAACCCACUGAAUUGGAGGCUCGUGAACGUUUUACUGAUACAUUUGUGAAAUGGUCGCCACUUGGAACCUAUGUAGUCACAUUCCACAAACCCGGUGUGGCUAUUUGGGGCGGCAGUAGCUUCCAAAAAAUUCAGAAAUUCCCGCAUCCAAGCACGCAAUUUGUGGAGUUCUCACCUUGUGAGAAUUACCUUGUCACCUACGGACCUACGCCCACUGGUCAAAAGGUCAUUAUUUGGGAUAUACGUACCGGUGUUGAAAAACGUUCAUUCGUCGCAGAUGGCAUGUCUGUUUUAUCGAUGUUCCGCUGGUCUCACGACGAUAGGUACGUCGCACGGUUGGGUGAUAAUUCAAUUCACAUUUACGAAACGCCAUCAUUUUACUUACUUGACCUUAAGUCGAUCAAAAUUCCUGGAAUUCGCGGCUUUUCAUGGUCCCCAACGGACAAUGUUAUCGCAUACUGGGUGGAAGAACAAAACCAGAUACCCGCCCGUGUCACACUUAUGGAGAUUCCCAAGAAACGUGAAAUACGAAAUAAAAACCUCUUCCAUGUGGCCGACUGUAAGUUACAUUGGCAGAAAUCUGGUGACUAUCUUUGCGUUAAAGUCGAUCGUUACUCGAAAUUAAAGAAGGAUAAGAAAGAAUUGGAUGUGAAAUUCCUCGGUAUGUUCUACAAUUUCGAAAUUUUCCAUAUGCGCGAGAAGGAAAUCCCAGUUGAUUCAGUAGAAAUUCGUGAAUUGAUUCUCGCCUUUGCUUGGGAGCCUAUAGGUAAUAAAUUCUCCAUUAUCCAUGGUGAGCAGAGUAACGCAAACGUUAGUUUCUAUGAGGUGAACAAAGGUGUGAAGCCAACACUUGUUAAGAAGUUGGAAAAGAAAUCAUGCACGCACUUGUUCUGGUCACCACGAGGCCAAUUCAUUGUAAUGGCAAAUCUUUCUAUGGGCACCUUUGAGUUUGUAGACACCAAUAACGAUUUCAUUAUAUCUGCAUCACCUGAUCAUUUCCGCGCAUCUGAAGUCGAAUGGGAUCCAACUGGUCGCUAUGUUGUGACUGGAGUUUCGGCGUGGAAGGUAAAAGAGGAUACUGGCUUCAACAUGUACACCUUCCAAGGACGUAUCAUACGACGUACAAUACUGAAGAAUUUCGUGCAAUUCUUAUGGCGUCCACGCCUGCCCACAUUGUUAACUGAAGCACAACAAAAGGAAAUCAAGAAAAAUUUGAAGAAAUACUAUCCAAUAUUCGAACAAAAGGAUCGCUUACGCCUUACACGCGCAUCUAAGGAAUUGCUCGAAAAACGGUCACAAUUGCGCGAACAGUUCAUGGAGUACCGCAACAAGCGCAUUGCCGAAUGGAAAGAGCAAAAGAGCCGCCGCCUGCAGCUCAGAAAUCAUAUUGACACUGAUAAUUUAAAUACGGAAGAAGUUGAUGAGGAGAUCGUUGAAUUUUUAGUCAAGGAAGAAGUAACUGUGCUCGAGUAGUCGAACAAUAUUUCCGCAGUUUUCCAAUAAAGCAAACGCCUUUGCAAUUGACUUACAAAGGCGUUGAGACUUACAAAAAGAACAACAACAAUAACGGCAAAAAUAUCCAUUACGUAUACAUAAAAACAAACCUUGUGUUUAAGCUCAAAAAUAUAAAAUACAAUAUUUAUUCAUCAAAAUUGAUUGAACAAACAAAGUAAGAGCGAAACAAGCCAUCAAUACUUAGCAAAACAAAAAAAAAAGGAUAAUAAACGCUAAACGAGCUUGUUUUUAUUAUUUAUACUUAUAAAAUAGUUCUUUCAGACGCAUUUGGCAUACUCAAUUUACACGCUGCACGCGUAACUGGCGCAUUUACGUACAACAACAACUGCGUCCCAUUUUGUAUACUUUCACUUAAAACUAUUUUCGAUACUAUAUCAAAAUUGAAUUGCAAUUUUCUCAGACGUUUUUACGCAGCUCCCUCCGUAACACUGUUUUGUAUAGUAAUUUUUACAAUAUAAAGCAUUGAAAUUCAUUUUAACUAAAAAUAUA